CCUGCUGGUAGGAUCAGUCAGGUGAGCUGAGCACCAGCAGUUUUGGCCACGUUUAGCUUCCGGUAGCUGUCAGAUGCCUGGAAUUCAGGCCGAUAAGUGUUGGGAAUGGAGCCGCCUCUCCCGACAGCCGCAGUAAGAGAGCUCGUGUGCUCGUGCCUCCAUCGGGACCCUGUAGCGUCAGACCUGCGCUGUAGUCUUUUCGUGGCGGCUGUACAGAGCUACAAACAUGAUUCAGUGCUCAGACCCUUUCCUCCUCGCUAUCUGAGAGGAGAGAUUAAAGACUUUGAGGAGCUGCAAAAAGAUGUUGACACUUUACCAAACGUGAGGGAUUUGGUACGUCUGGGACACGGAGAUGGAGACCAUCACCUGGCUCUUGUACACUGGGUUCUGUCCUCUAAGAGCUUUGCUGUGAAGACCCUCCAGAAAGAAGAAUUUUCCAGACUGAGUCAGCUGACCCAGACCGAAGCGCUAUCUGCCCCAGCCCCAGAUUUCAUUUUUGAACUUCAGUACUGUGAUCUGCUCAACUCCAAGUUCGAGAGGACGCGGGCCGGACGAGACCUCAUCUAUGCAUUCCACGGCAGCCGACUGGAAAACUUCCACUCCAUCAUACACAAUGGAUUACACUGCCAUCUGAAUAAGACAUCACUGUUUGGGGAAGGCACGUACCUUACAAGUGACCUCAGCAUGGCCAUUCUUUAUAGCCCCCAUGGUAAUGGAUGGAGGGAAAGCGUCCUCGGCCCGUUGCUCAGCUGCAUUGCCUUGUGUGAAAUCAUCGAUCAUCCAGAUGUGAAGUGUCAGGUGAAAAAUAAAGACUCCGAGAGCUUUGACCGCAAGCGUCUUAGGGCCAGGAACAGUGAAGGAGGCGAGGUACCCGAGAAGUACUUCGUGGUGACCAACAAUGAGCUUUUGAGAGUUAAAUAUCUGCUGGUGUACUCUCAGCGACGCAGUAGAUCACGGCAUUCGCGAGGGACAUCAUGGCUCGUGAGACAUCAUUUUGCUAUAAUGAUGGGUCUGUAUCUCCUGCUUCUUAUAUUCAUCGGUGCCUUCAACUCCACUGCGUUCCAGUCUUUCUGGCACAAAAUGUUCCGAUGACCCGGAACGUUUACAUCACACAAACGCUUUUCCCCAAAGUGCCUUGUAUACACCAUGAAAGAGACAAAGACUCAGGAACUGUUUUAUGUGGAUAAGCAAUGCGUUCCUCCCUUUAUCAUUUAAUUUCUAUACGGUUAUCAGUUCACCUAUCUCUUUUUUUCCUGUAGACAGUGUGCAUCUUCCAUAGGUAUAACCGCACCGAUGUUAGCUUUCUAUCAAUGUGGAGAUGCAACCAAGCACCAACGUUACAUAAUAGUAUGUAGUCUAUAAAAUAAAAAAUAUGGUGCAAUGUGUUGGAAUGAUGGAUUCAGUGCAUUGGUUAAAACAAAAUUAUGCUGUCUUUAGAAAACUUUUUUUGUAGUUUUGGGUACAAAACUGUAAAAAUGUACUACUUUAAUUAAUUCAUUUCAGAAAAAUGUUAAAGGGAGAUUUGUGCCUGUAAAAUGUUUUUAUAUAUUUGGUUGAGUGAAAUAUGGUCCCAAGCUGUCACUGGUGCAGUAUCCUUUAAAAAUGCCCUACCAUAUAUGUAAAAAUAUUUGGUACCAAUACGUACCUUUGAGGUACUAAUACCAUAUUUAGGCGCAAAGGUGUACUUUUUGAAAGGGUACAGCUAGGGACCAUUUUUUUUCUGACAGUGUAUCUACUGUAGAUCAAGUUAACUAUGCAAAAGCACCAUGUCAGUGUGGUUAGUCAUCAGUAAAAUAUACAAAUGUAUCUCAUGUAGGAGUUGUAUAAUCCAGAUCUGAAUGGUAAAAUUAUUCAUGUAACUAAAUAAAAACAUUACACUCAGACAUUAAAAGAGUGCAAAAAAAUGAA